AUGGAACGCCAAGAAGAUCAAGAGGAGCUUCACCAAAAGAAGAUGCCAGAACUCCACGUCGUUCGAAAUCAUGGACUCCACGUCGGUCGAAUCGCGAGACUUUUAGAGGAUAUUAUGGAACUCCAAGAAGAUCAAGAGGAACUUCAUCACGAGAAGAAGCAAGAGCUCCUCGUCGUUCAACUCGCGAGACUUCAAAUGGAUAUCAUGGAACCCCAAGCAGCUCCAGGGAAGCUUCGCCAAAAGAAGAGCCAAAGACUCCACGUCGGUCGACUCGCGAGACGUUUAAAGGAUAUUAUGGAACUCCAAGGAGAUCAAGAGGAGCUUCAACAAAAGAAGAAGCAAGGACUCCACGUCGUUCAACUCGCGAGACUUCUAACGAAUCUCACGGAACUCCAAGAAGAUCAAGAGGAGCUUCGCCAAAAGAAAAAGCAAGUACUCCACGUCGGUCGAAUCGUGUGA